AUGAGAGAAUCCGAAGGCUGGCAGAGUCAAAACAUCAGCGAGGUUGCAAGACUUCGGAACGAGAACGCAGAGCUACAGAGCAGACUGGAUCGUUCCCUCGCGAGUUUAAUGAAGCUCCAGGGAGGUGCUGAGCAUAUCACAGGUGGAGACAUUAAGAAGCGAUUCGAGAAACUCUACAGCGCCAUCCAGGAUUGGGUCGCGGAAAUAGAACUGGACCUUCUGCGACACUCUCGGAACUUCCGAGAUGCGUUCCACGAGAUAGUUUUGUCUGAAAAUCACCACAAAUUGCUCUUGGAUCUAGGUAUUAGAGAAAGAGACAAGGCUAAAUCCGUACAUUCAACGUGGGACCGCAACAGCAGAGAUUUUGCGAAGAUCAAUUGGCUGGGUCAGCUUGACACAAGCAUCAAUGUUGUUCUCUCUCGCCUGAUCUGGUGUCGCUUAUACAGUGAUAUAUUUAAGGUUAACUACCCUCUUGGACUGCACAAUUCUGUUACGAAGGGCUUAGACUAUGUGAUAGAGGCCAUAGAAGGCGACAGUGAUGGAAAACCGACCCAAGAAUCCAUCCUCCGAGCGAAUAAGUGGAGAUCCGAAGCAAUGGUAGCGCUAGUAUCAACCAAGAUGGUCAAAGCAGACAAGGCGUCACAAAUGCAAAACGUUCGGAGAAGGUUGCUGGAGGAACUUUCACAGAAGCCAAUUUCUCUCGACUCUGAAAUCCUUGAGAGACACUUUCCAGCUCUGGAGGCUAGCGUGCUCGUCCCGGCUGCUGAGCUCCAACAAUUUAUCGCCUGCUCGCCAAUCGAAUACGACAUCACAGAAUCUGAUGACUUUCGGCUCCAGAUUAGCACAGAAGAAGGCCGACUUCAAGGCUGUGCUCUCAAGGAUAUUGUCAAAUGGAGAGACACAGACCCUUCGCAGGCGUUUAGCGGCGUCUUCUGUAGCCUAUUCCCCGGCAUAGAUCAGGUGGGUAUGGAAGAAAAAGACUACCUGCCGCUGGUCAAGCCAAUCCUCCUCGUCUUUGACACGGAAGCAAGCCACCAGAUUCACGAACUCGCCCAAACCCAGGAUUUAAAGCAAUCUAAGACCCAGAGGAGUCCAACCAGAGGUGAUAAAAGCCUGCAGCCAACCUCUCCAGCGAUUUCUUCUCGAAUUUCAACGACCAAGCAUUUGCAAAAUCCGCAGCACGCCUCUCAGCCUGGGAAGCGUGAAGACACACGCUCAGACGCCAGCAGUUCCGGUAGCCGUUGGAACAAGUUUGCCUCCAAUUUUAAACCUAAUAAGAUGUCUGAGGAGAGUCCGAAUCAAAAUAGAAGAAGUCAAUUUAAUCACCACGGAUCCGGGGACAAGAGUUCUAAGAAACUCCCGCCUAGAGAGCAAAACGAGAAAGCAAAACGACUCAGGCGCACCAAAACAGCGCCAGCUACUACCAACCCGACUCAUAAGUCGGGUUCAAGCUCCCCGACAUCCUUUACAAGCCCUAGCAUAUCAAGGGAGCCUUCUGCCCACCCGCAAUCACAGAAGAUUCCAGCACAGAGCUGCAAAAAUGCAGUAGGUGUUGAUGUUCCGCCUAUAGACACUUCGGUGAGUAGGUCUAGUAUAGGGCACCGGGCACAUUUUACGCGGAGCCAUAGCGAAGAUGCGUGCGCGGAUGAUUUAAUGGAAGUACAAUCGAGAUUACAAAUGAAAGGCGACAACCGAGAAGAGUUUAUCACAGUGGAACCGGAUGGGGCUCCGAUCCAACAUUUUGGUGUGGCCAUGUCAAAUGUAGUCAGGACUAGCGGCAUGGAUCCAAAUGUAUUAGAACAGUUCAGGCUCGAGUAG